GCUUGCGCCGGUGAUUGCGGAGUCGCUGGAGGAGCGGUGAUGGGCCGCGCCGCGAGGUGGAUCCGGGGGCUGCUGCUCGGCGGGAAGAAGGCGGGCGAGCCGCUCGCGGAGAAGAGGUGGUGGGGCUUCGGGAAAUCCUACCGGGAGAAGCAGCGGCAGCGGCACCUCCAGCCGCCCGGCGAGGAGGUCCGGCUCCCCGUGCCGGAAGCGGACGCGGGGGAGCAUAGCAAGAGAGCGAUCGCCGUGGCUGCUGCGACCGCGGCGGUGGCGGAGGCCGCAGUCGCCGCGGCGCAGGCGGCCGCGGUGGUGGUCAGAUUGACGGCGAGCGGCGGAAGGGCGGAGCGGAAGCGGGAGGAGCAGCGGGCGGCGGUCAAGAUCCAGUCCGGCUUCCGCGGUUACUUGGCGAGGCGAGCGCUCAAGGCGUUGAGGGGACUGGUGAAGCUCCAGGCUCUGGUCCGUGGUAACAUCGUCAGGAAGCAGGCGGCGGAGACUCUCCGGUGCAUGCAGGCGCUGGUGCGCGUCCAGGCGAGAGCCCGGGCGUGUCGGGCUCUCUGCUUGUCGAGGAGCCGUCCACCGGCAAAAGCUUCCCGUCCCCGCGCGCGCGGGAGCUCGGCUACUCAAUUCCCCGCUUUCUGUUCUCCUCCAACUGAUGAGGAUUAUGAACGUGCUAUUCGACCAAUUGCCUCCGAUGGAUCUUUCACUCUCAGGAGGAAUUCAUCGAGAGCGGAAGUCGACAGAGCAUGUUUGUGGGAUGGCGACCGCGCCGCAGGAAGGAAGCUCACAAAUUUCUCGCCGGCCGGCGACGAGAAGAAGGCCAAAAUCAUGGAAGUCGACAUAGAAUGCUUCUCCCACAUCCGCAAGAAGAGCAACCUCCACCAUAACCACUCCGGCAACAGCCGGAGCUUCACCACCGUGCUCGCCUCGCCGUCGAAUUACUCCUCCGGCGAGAGCCCGUUCUUACACUACGGAACGUCGUCUCUGAAGCAGGCCGCCGACGAGGACUGUGCUCAGAGCUUGUGGAGCGACUACAUGGACUGCUGCCCGAGCUACAUGGCGAACACGGAGUCGUCGAGGGCGAAACUGCGGUCUUAUAGCGCGCCGAGGCAGAGGCCGGAGAUGGAAAAGCAGGGGCCCUUGGUGAGAAGCGGUCAGCUUCCGCCAUUGUUGCCUCAGAGGAGUGCCUCUUCAUCUUCUUCAUCGUCUUUGCAUGCGAAAUUCACCAACAAAGCAUAUCCAGGAUCGGGGAGGUUGGACAGAUUGGGGACGCCGAUAAGAAUCUGAUGGCGUUGUAACUGCGAUUGAUGGAGUAUCUAUCUAUGAUCUCAUAGAGUAUGAUCGAGUUAGCGUAUUAUGCGAUCGGUUAUGAUCCAUCAUUUUUAUUUGGGUUCAGAUGUUUUGCUUUUCGAUCUUGAUCAUGGCUUCAUGCGAGGCCAGAGUUGAAUUUGUCAAACUGAACUAACAAUGUGGAUUCUAUCCAAACCGUAGUU